AGGUGUGUCUGACAGCAGUCCGGUAUUCGAUCGUAGGCAAUCGGACCUCCGCUACUCUCAAUUUUUACUGGGCUAAAGAAUCACACUUAACUUUCAAAAUGCCAGCUGACUACUCCGGCUACUGGAAAAUGAUUGUCAAUGACAACUUCGAGGAGUACUUGAAGGGUCUUGAUGUUAAUGUUGCCAUCAGGAAAAUCGCCGUCUUGUUGAAACCCGACAAGGAGAUCACCCAGGACGGCAAUCACAUAAUUAUUAAGACGCUCAGCACCUUCAAGAACUACAAUAUGGACUUCGAGGUCGGCAAGGAGUUUGAUGAAGAUUUGAGUGGCAUCGAUGACAGGAAAUGCAUGACUACUGUGAGCUGGGAUGGAGACAAGCUGGUGUGUGUGCAGAAAGGGGAGAAAGAGGGCAGAGGCUGGACCCACUGGAUCGAGGGCGACGAGCUACACCUGGAGCUGAGAGUGGAGGGUAUUGUUGCCAAGCAGGUCUUCAAGAAGACCUAAAUCUGCUGCAAAGGCCUCACAGCACAGUGCCAACUGGAGACUGACACAGACAGACACAGAUUGCACACACACUCUCACACACACACACACACACACACACACUGCUCUGGGCAAAGCUGCUGCUUCAUGCCUCUACUUGAUGUACUUUACCCAUACCAUAUACCCCUCACUCCCUUCGAGUGGUUUGGGUCCACCUUUGGGGCCUGCCUUGGCAGUGGUUUAAGGGUCCGUCCGCUCUCACUUCAGAAGUCCUGAUUUAAAAAAAAAAAAAAAAUUACAGUUAAAUUACAACUGCUUGACUUGUUUGUUUGUUUUGUUUACUCUGCCGUCAGGAAUCUACCAGUUGCCUCCGCACAGCUGUGUGUGUUUGCAUCUUUAAUUAGUAAGUCUAGGAGCAAAGUCCAUCCCCUUUCUCAGUAAAGUAGAGCAGAGUUCCUGUAUGUUUAGCGCCUCUUGCAGAAAGUGUGAGAUAGCAGGACAGCAAGAGUUAAUAGCACAGGCGAGAGAAACAGCCAUAAGCCAACUAUGCAGAGUGGAAGAGAGAGACAGAGGUGUAGUGAUGCUGCAUUCUCAUGGUGCUGGCAGAUGGAUAUAUAGAGAGAGAGAUCACAGAGAGAGGUGAUCAGUAAUCAGUAAAGCAAGACUGUGGAAACCCUGGAGGUCAAACCCAGAGUCCAGUUAUAGUCUAGUUGAGGGGGCGGGUAGCCACUCGGGUUAUGUUUUCCCUGAUGUUAUGACAAUGUACCAUCAAUGACAGAAAUACCAUUAAAUAAAUAAACCUAAAACCAAA